GGGGGCCCGGGGCGCACGUGUCUAGAUCCGCGAAGGGUCGCUUCCGGAUUCGCUGCCCGGCGCGGGGGGCCCGUGGCGCCUUCUGUGUCCCUAGGUCGGUUGGCGAUGGCGAUGGCGAAGGCGAAGGCGAACGGGCCGACCCCCAAGCGCGCCCCUGGCGACCCCGCGGCUGAGCCAGGGCUUGUCGAGAAGCGAACACGGAAAAAGAAAAAGAAGAAGAGGUUCUGGAAAAACAAAGCGGGGAAUGUAAGCAGGAUACCGGGAAGCGACCCCAGGGUUGCGCUGCGACCCCCGAAGGCCCCGGAGGACUUCUCCCAGAACUGGAAGGCGCUGCAGGAGCUGCUGAAGCAGAAACCGCAGGCCCCGGAAAAGCCCGUUGUCGCCACUCAGGCGGUUUCCAGGGCACAGCCCCCAGCCCUGCGACAGAGAGGCAAGGCCAGGCCCGGCGCAGCGGGCGCGGAGGACGCAGGCCUGGCGGCGCCAGCACCGGCACCACCCACAGAGGGCAGCGGCGUGGGGCACAGCCAGAAGGGAACCAAGAGAAGGACCAAUGGCGACCUUUCUACAAACCAAGGGGACCUCAAACACAGGAAGCGGAAAGCGGAGGCAGUGGCUGCAGCCUCGACUCCAGCCCCGCCCACCGAACAGGACAUCUGGUUCGACGACGUGGACCCGGAGGACAUCGAGGCGGCCGGAGGCCCGGAGGCAGCCCGGAUAGCGCGGCGGCGGCUGGGGGGGCGGGGCAGCGGCAUGGCGCUGGAGAAGCCGCAGGCCUUCAGAGGCCUGACCAGAGCCGUGGCCCUGGACUGUGAGAUGGUGGGCGUGGGCCCCGCGGGGGAGGAGAGCGUCGCCGCCCGCGUGUCCAUCGUGAACCAGCACGGGAAGUGCGUCUACGACAAGUACAUCAGACCGGCCCGGCCCGUGACCGACUACAGGACGGCGGUCAGCGGCAUCCGGCCGGAGCACCUGCAGCGGGGAGAAAAAUUUGAAGUUGUUCAGAAAGAAGUGGCAGAGAUGCUGAAGGGCCGCAUUCUCGUUGGCCACGCGGUACAUAAUGACCUGAAGGUUCUUUUUCUCGAUCAUCCGAAAAAGAAAAUUCGAGACACGCAGAAAUACAAACCUUUCAAGAGCCAAGUGAAGAGCGGAAGGCCGUCCCUGAAGCUGCUGGCGGAGAGGAUCCUGGGGGUCCUGGUGCAGCAGGCGGAGCACUGCUCGGUUCAGGACGCGCAGGCGGCGAUGAGGCUGUACGUGAUGGUGAAGAGGGAGUGGGAGCGCGCGGCCCGGGACAGGCCCCCCGCCGCCACCACAGCGCCCCGCAGCCGGACGGAUGCUGCCCCGCCCCGCAGCCGCGUCCCCGUGCACAGGCGCUUGUGACCACACCGCAGACAGAGCAGAUCUCCCGGGAGUGGCAACGGAAUUGUGGCGGCGGGGGUGGGGCCGCCGAGAACAGCCGCCUCCCUCGGGCCUUUCCGUCUGAGCCCUGGUCCCGCUGGGGCAGUGGCCCGCGGGGACCACGCAGAGGCGCCCGGCUGAGCCCGGGCGUCAGGGCGUCAGGGCGGGAGGCGGGGCUGUGCCGCUGCCCUCCUGCCACCACCCUGCCCUCUGGGCCCCUCCUUCCAUCACUGCCAGACUCACACGGGCCCGGGCCUGUGUCCGCGUGAGCCGGGCCAAGCCCCGCCCAGGAGUUUGCUGCAGCCGGCUCUGGACCAGGAGACUUCUGUGCCCUUCUGUCCCCGCCCCUACUGCCUGCCGAGCUGAACGAGUCGGGGCCCCAGGAGCCCCCGCACAUGGCGAUGCCAGCUACACGCUGAGGCGGCGCCUCUCCCGUGGGCACCGCCAUGCGGGGCUCUGAGGGCCUGGCCCUGGACCCCAGAGAACGAGCACCGAGCCGACAGCGUGAAGCCCAAGGCUUCCCUGCACCUCCCGACAGGCACCGAGGGGGCCGAGCCCACUGAGGAAGCAGUUGGCCAUAAAGGAGGUUUUUA